AUGGUAGGGGAGGCUGCAGUGGUGGAUGAAGUGAACGAAAGAGGAGACGUUGGGGUAGUAGGGGAUGAGGCCGAGGCCGAGACCACUGACAACGAUCGUCCACGAGUUGUAGUUUUGAUAAACGCUGUCUGUGGUGGUGGUGGCAGUGGCACAGUUCGUAUGUCUGAGAUGGAGGGUGUUGGCGUUGUUGUCGCUGAUGGAGACGUCAAUGAUUGCCGAAUAGAACUGUUACAAGAAGAAGGAGCCACGACUCCGGUGGUGGCUGCGGUGACAGAAGCCAAUCCAGAUGCGAUGCUCGAGAUGCUAUAUUGUGCUAGUGGUGACGAAGGCGAAACAAGUACAGAGGCGGAUAUUGAAGAGGUUGAUGAAGAUGCCGAUAAGGAUGAUGACGUUAUCCCGCUCUUAGUGCUUGGAUUGGCAUUAACAUUAGACGAAGAAGAUCCAAGAAGGGCUGUUUGGAUAGCGGUCGUUAACCUCUUUGUCUUAUCUUGA